AUGGACCCAUCUAUAGUCAAGCUUCUUGAAGAUGAUGAGGAUGAAACUAUGCAUUCAGGAGCAGAUGUGGAAGCAUUCCAAGCUGCAUUGAAUAGAGACAUAGGCGGAGAUGCUUCUAAUUCUCAGCUUUCUGAUUCAGAUGCAGGAAGCAAUAAUUCAUUCAGUCAAUCAUUACCAACGUGGCCAACUUCUAGCCAUGACAACCAGACUGACUGUCAAAAUCAGGAGCCUAAAAUCCCUCAAGAGCAACCUUCAUCUGAAAUGGAGCUGAAGCAACAAGGACCUGUAGUGGAACAGAUGCAAAAUGUUACCUCACAAGAUGCAAGUAAUCCUAGUUUAUCACACAAACAAUCUCAAGAUGAAUGUCUCCAACGCCAAACUAUACCGGUUUCCCACCAGCAUGCUCAAACAAACGAAGUUCAGAAAUCUGAAAAAGAUCCCGUAUUUAACCAUGAGGUAAUCAAAACAAAUAAUCCCAACUGUGAAUCUCAGUAUGCAAAAUUGCAGCAGAUGAGUAAUCAACAGGCCACAGUAAAUGAACAACCUAGUAGCCAAAUCAAUCGUAGUAAGCAGGUGCCAUUUGGCUUAUUACUCCCUAUCUUGAUUCCCCAACUUGCCAAAGAUAGAGCCAUGCAACUUCAAACAUUAUUUAACAAAUUGAAGAGAGAUGAAAUACCCAAAGAUCAUUUUGUACGACUUAUGAAAGGGAUUGUGGGGGAUCAGAUGCUUAGAAUAGCAUUGACGAAAGUGCAACAACAAACAAAAGCCAACGCAGGUUCUUCUGGACAGCAGCACCCUGUAAGGAUGCCAACGGUUACUUCCAGUGGAACAAAAUUUAAUGAUCCCCAUGCAUUAGCACAACUGCAUCAGAGAAGUAUGAAUGCUACUGCAGACCAUUCUCAUAAUACUUCUUCAGCUAUCCAAGUGAAAAGUGAACCCACCUAUUCAACUAUGGACAUUAGUGCUAAAAAAUCUCAGGAACAUGAUGUUCGAGUGGUGCAACCAAAUCAAUUACCAUCAUCAGGUUCUAAUGCCGUCAGUCAAGAAACUGAAAGAUCCUCAGUUCACAUACAAGGCCUUAAUAAGCAGCAACAGCAGCAUAUACAUUUCCCAUCGACAUAUGGAAGCAGUGGUGGUAACUAUAACCAUUUUUCCGGGGCAACUACUGGUUCAUCAUCUCUCAGACCACAACCUCAUCCUCAUGAUUCACACACAAGGCAAAUUCCACAUCAGAAUAUUGGUUUAAAUCACUUAGGUGUAGAACGACAAAGUUCUUUCACUGAUCCCAAGAGAAUGCCAGGUGGAUCUGUGUCGACUGGUGUAAACAACACAGCACCACAACAAACUUCAACUUCUUGGCAACCUUCAGCAGAACAAAAUUCUGGCUUGUUUUCAUCUGUUUCAUAUGUAAAAAAGGAACCUAACGACCUUUCUAUUGAGCAGCAACAUAGGCAUCAUUUAUCUAAAUUGCAUGGGUUGCCUUCUGUUAAUUCUGGUCAAACUGAACAGGGUAGUGGUGUCAAUCAAGGCACUGUAAAGGAUGAGUUUUCAAGAGGUUCUUUAGCACUCACUAGCUUACCACAUACAACAUCUGCUAGCUUGCUCGCAUCAAGCUCUGUAUCUCAACUAGAUCCAACUGGCUCUCUUAGCUCUCAGAUCCCAGCUAGCACUUCUGGUAUGGUGUCAAAGACACCUCUUAAAAGACCUCUUGGCCAGAAGAAACCACUUGAAACACUUGGUUCUUCACCUCCUCCUCCAAGUAAGAAACAAAAGGUGUCUGGGUCAUCUCUGGAACAAAGCAUUGAACAGCUUAAUGAUGUUACAGCUGUUAGUGGUGUUGAUCUUAGGGAGGAGGAAGAACAGUUAUUUUCUGGGUCCAAAGAGGACAGUCGAGUUUCAGAAGCAUCUCGAAGAGUUGUGCAAGAAGAAGAAGAAAGUCUGAUUUUGCUGAAAGCUCCAUUGCAGAGAAAAUUGAUUGAAAUUAUGACUGAGUGUGGCUUGAAAGGCAUAGGUAAUGAUGUGGAAAAAUGUCUGUCACUGUGUGUGGAAGAGCGAAUGCGCGGAGUAAUAAGUAACAUAAUCAGAAUGUCAAAACAGAGGGUUGAUAUUGAGAAAACAAGGCAUCGAACUGUUGUCACUUCAGAUGUUCGACAGCAAAUCAUGGCAAUGAAUAGGAAAGCAAGGGAAGAGUGGGAGAAAAAACAGGCCGAAGUAGACAAGCUCCGGAAACUAAAUGAUGUAGAUGGUGGUUCCGGAGUUGAUGGUGACAAGGAUGACGGUCGCAAUAAAGCAACAAAGGUGAACAAGGAAGUUGAUGACAAAAUGAGGACAAAUGCUGCAAAUGUUGCAGCUCGAGCUGCUGUUGGAGGAGAUGACAUGCUGUCAAAGUGGCAACUUAUGGCUGAGCAAGCCAGGCAGAAACGUGAAGGGGGAACAGACACUGCAUCUGGUUCUCAGCCAACCAAAGAUGUCAGCCGCAAAUCUUCACCAUCAUCAGGAAGGAGCACAAAAGACAAUCAAGAAAGGGAGAGAAAAGGUCCAAAUUCUCUUGGGAAUUCAGCGUCUGGUAGGAAAUUUGGGAAAAAUCAUUCCCCUGGAUCUCAAACUCGCAUAGCUCGUAGCAUCUCUGUGAAGGAUGUGAUUGCAGUCUUGGAGAGGGAACCUCAAAUGUCCAAAUCAUCACUCUUAUAUCGAUUGCACGAGAGAACUCAUUCUGAUACUUCAACCGAAUAA